AUGGCCUUCGCCCGCUUCCAAAUGUUCACGCUGGAGUCCGAUCGAAGCUUCCAACGGCCAUACGAACGUUCGUGCAUCGUCGACGACAAUUUCGAUGGGUCAAUAUACAAUCCUGGAUCUCAAUUAGGAGAUGGUGGAGUGUCGACAAUCCAACGUUUUCUCCUGGAGCCACAUCCGACGUUCGGUCCUCCGGUCGUGCCCAGGACUGACCAACAUAUGUUACACACUCUACCUGGUCCAAUGCCAGGACAACUUCCUUCACCGGCGCUCAGCACUCUCGAAUCCUCGUACAUGAGCAGUGGUCUGAGCGACGAAGACAGUAUGCCAUUCUCGCCUCAUCCCGUCUAUAGCCCGUAUUCGUCAGGAUGCCUUCACAACGACGGAUUCGCCUUCGCGUACGGCGGCGUCCCUUCUACGGACAGACAAGACUCGAUUGUCGGUAGCGAUUGCGUCGCCAUGCCAGAUGUGCAGCAGUGGACCGACGACAUCAUCAACAACAUGGCGUCUGACGAUGCGAUACCUGGCUAUCCAUUCGCCCAGGAAGGUUACCAGCCCAUGGAAUUGGAGGAAGAGCACGACCCAGACUUGAGCCACGACAUUCCAAGCCCAACAGAUCUACCGACACAAGAUAUCGAUGCUCAAGAACCAGAGACGCCGAUGCUUCGCAGGCGAAGUGCACAGGCUUCACGCUCCACGGCCCCGUCGUCGCUCUUGAAUACUGGCUCACGCGUCGCGAAGCGCUCGGGUGUAGGAAGACGGUCGUCUUCCUACCAAUCUGGCAGCGACGCAAAUGAUCAAAAGCCCUUCGGCAAUAACAGAGCCUUUCCGUGCCCUUUCGCCGUCUACAGUUGUUCAUCUAGCUUCGGCACCAAGAACGAAUGUAAGUAACCCACGAUCGAUAAUAACCUCAUGCUAGAAGAUACACACGCUUAACCCUCCGUCUUUCUCCUUCCAGGGAAACGCCACGUCAACACCCAACACCUGCGCCUCACUUUCUGGCGCUGCGAUCAAUGCCGCUCGCAGAAACCAAACGACUUCAAUCGCAAAGACCUCUUCAUCCAACACGUUCGCAGAAUGCAUUCGCCCGGCAACGAGAGUAACUUUCCCUCGAAACCCAGGAGGAGAUCAUCUCCAAGUGUCGCCAGACCCGCGACGAGGAGCGGCAGCAACGCGGACGACCAAGUUUUCCAAGAAGCUGCAAAGAGAUGUAACCGAGCCCUUCGCUCCCCGCCCGAGCGCAGCUGCUGUCUCUUCUGCGACGAAAAAUUCAGGGGGAAAGGCACCUGGGAUGACCGCAUGGAACACAUUGGCCGUCAUCUGGAGACGGCCAAGAAGGAGGGCAGAGAGGCCGCGAUCAAUCCGGCGACCUGGAACAUGGACGAGUACACACACAACUGGCUAAUCGAGCAAGAUCUCCUGCGACUGGAUGGAAACGAAUGGUCGUUGGCUGCAUGA